CGCGCUUGCUCGACGUUAUUUUCUUUUCUUAUUCACCGCAACAUCCUCGUUUCUUGCUUCUUAUAUUCUCAAAGGCGUAUCUGGCUGUGAUUUCUAGAAGUAUCAUCUUCAAUCAUGAGUGCAGAAGGAACUCCUCUUGCUGAACAACCGACCUACGAGGAUCCGUUUUACGGUCAAGACGAGGAUGAAGAUGAGUCUGAGGAGAUCAGUCAAGAGGAUUGUUGGACUGUCAUCUCCAGCUUUUUCGACGAAAAGGGCCUCGUUCGACAGCAGCUGGACUCCUUCGACGAGUUCGUUCAGAACACCAUGCAGGAACUCAUAGAAGAAAACGCAGACCUCAUUCUCGACCAAGCCGACCAGCAUACCGGCCACGACAACGACGUAACUCGUCGCUAUGAGCUACACUUCAACCAGGUCUACCUCUCACGAGCCACAGUCACGGAAGCCGAUGGAUCCGUCGUACCUGUAUUUCCCCAGGAAGCGCGUCUUCGAAACCUCACAUAUUCCUCCCCUCUAUACGUCGAAGUCGCUCGUAGGUUCUCUGUUGGUCGAGAGGAUCCGGAUGGUCAAGCUGGGGAGAUUAACUGGGAAGUCGAAGUCGACGAAAUAUCGACUAAGGAAUUUCAAAAGGUUUGGAUUGGCAAGCUGCCUCUCAUGCUUCGAUCCCAAUUCUGCAUUCUCUCCGAGCUUGGUGAAAACGAGCUGUACGACUUGAACGAAUGUCCCUACGAUUCCGGAGGGUACUUCAUCAUCAACGGGUCUGAGAAGGUUCUCAUUGCUCAAGAACGCAUGGCUACGAACCACGUCUACGUCUUCGCUAAAGCUCAACCAUCCCCUAUCAACUUCUUGGCUGAAAUUCGGUCAGCUGUAGAGAAGGGUGGAAAGACCAUCAGUCAGUUCCAAGUAAAAAUGUACCACCGUAAUCAAGACAAGACCUCUGGAAACGUCAUCAAAGCUACCAUCCCCUACAUCAAAGUCGACAUUCCAAUUUGGGUCGUCUUCCGAGCUUUGGGCGUCAUCUCAGACCGCGACAUCUUGGAACACAUUUGCUACGACAUGGAGGACGCUCAGAUGCUCGAGAUGUUGAAGCCUUGUAUAGACGACGGCUUCGUGAUCCAGGAUCGCGAGAUUGCGCUUGACUUCAUUGGAAACCGAGGAACGACAACUGGAUUGUCUCGUGAACGCCGUCUACGAUAUGCACAAGAGAUCCUACAGAAGGAGAUGCUUCCACACAUAUCAAUGUCCGAGGGUUCAGAGUCGAAGAAAGCGUACUUCUUCGGCUAUAUGAUCCAUCGACUCCUGCUUGCAGCCAUGGAACGGAGAGAAUUGGACGACCGUGAUCAUUUCGGGAAGAAGCGUCUGGAUCUUGCUGGACCUCUACUCGCAAAUUUGUUCCGUAUGCUCUUCAGGAAGUUGACCAGGGAUGUGUACCGCUAUCUCCAGAAGUGUGUCGAGACACACAAAGACUUUAAUCUGAAUCUUGCCGUCAAACACAACACGAUCACCAACGGUCUCAAAUACUCCCUCGCCACCGGUAAUUGGGGUGACCAGAAGAAGUCGAUGGCCUCGAAGGCUGGUGUUUCUCAGGUACUUAAUCGUUACACGUACGCUUCCACCUUGUCCCAUCUUCGUCGGUGCAACACUCCUCUCGGACGUGAAGGCAAGAUCGCCAAACCUCGUCAGCUCCACAACACACAUUGGGGUAUGGUUUGCCCCGCCGAGACUCCGGAAGGCCAGGCUUGCGGUCUUGUCAAGAAUCUUUCGCUCAUGGCUACGAUCUCCGUCGGUUCGCUCUCCCUUCCCGUCAUCGACUUCUUGGAAGAGUGGGGUUUGGAGUCCCUGGAAGAAAACGCUCAUUCAGCAACCCCGACGACGAAGGUCUUCGUGAACGGUGUCUGGAUGGGCGUUCACAGAGAUCCAGCGAAUCUUAUCAAAACGAUCAAGAAGCUGCGUAGAAAAGACGAUAUCCAUCCCGAAGUUUCCAUCGUUCGUGAUAUCCGCGAGAGGGAGUUGCGCUUGUACACCGAUGCCGGGCGAGUGUGUCGACCGCUGUUCGUCGUGGAAGACCAGCAGCUCGCCGUUACGAAGAAGCACAUCAACAUGCUCACCCGCGGUACCGAUGACAACGGCGAGGAGUUCAAGUGGAAUAACCUCAUUAAGUCUGGUGUUGUGGAGUACUUGGAUGCGGAAGAAGAGGAGACGGUGAUGAUUUGCAUGACACCUGAAGAUCUGGAGAAUUCGCGGCUACAGUCAAGUGGUAUCAAUCCUCACGCGGAAGACAGUGACUUCGACCCGGCUGCACGGUUGAAGGCCUCUUCUGGCCUCAACACUCAUACCUGGACGCAUUGCGAGAUUCAUCCUAGCAUGAUAUUGGGUAUUUGCGCUAGUAUCAUUCCUUUCCCCGAUCACAAUCAGUCGCCACGUAACACCUACCAGUCUGCCAUGGGUAAACAGGCCAUGGGUAUCUAUCUGACCAACUUCCUCGUUCGCAUGGACACCAUGGCGAACAUCCUCUACUAUCCCCAAAAGCCACUAGCUACUACCCGCUCGAUGGAGUACCUGAAGUUCCGAGAGCUACCCGCCGGCCAAAACGCCAUCGUUGCCAUCCUUUGUUACAGUGGUUAUAACCAGGAAGAUUCCGUCAUUAUGAACCAGAGCUCAAUCGACCGCGGUCUCUUCCGGAGUAUCUACUACAGGAGCUAUAUGGAUCUGGAGAAGAAGAGCGGUAUCCAGCAGUUGGAGGAGUUCGAGAAACCUACACGCGACACGACGCUUCGCAUGAAGCACGGAACGUACGACAAGCUCGAGGACGACGGUCUGAUCGCCCCCGGUACCGGAGUGAACGGAGAGGACAUUAUCAUCGGUAAGACUGCACCCAUUCCUCCAGACAGCGAGGAGCUCGGCCAGCGAACCAGGAUACACACCCGCCGCGACGUCUCUACGCCACUCAAGAGCACGGAGAGCGGUAUCGUCGACCAAGUGCUCAUCACCACCAAUCACGAAGGCCAGAAGUUCGUCAAGGUCCGGGUACGUGCCACUCGUAUACCUCAGAUCGGUGACAAGUUCGCAUCUCGACACGGUCAAAAGGGUACGAUCGGUAUCACGUAUCGUCAGGAGGACAUGCCGUUCACUGCCGAGGGCAUCACACCCGACAUCGUCAUCAACCCCCAUGCCAUUCCAUCUCGUAUGACUAUCGGUCACUUGGUCGAAUGUUUGCUCUCUAAGGUCGCCACCCUCAUCGGAAACGAAGGUGACGCCACACCCUUCACCGACCUCACUGUCGAAUCCGUGUCGCAGUUCUUGCGCGCUCAAGGCUACCAGUCUCGUGGCCUUGAAGUCAUGUACCACGGCCAUACGGGACGCAAGCUCCAGGCGCAGGUUUACCUCGGCCCAACAUACUAUCAGCGCCUGAAACAUAUGGUGGACGACAAGAUCCACUCGCGUGCUAGGGGUCCAGUGCAGAUUCUGACGAGGCAGCCGGUCGAAGGUCGGAGUCGUGAUGGGGGUCUGCGGUUCGGAGAGAUGGAGCGUGAUUGCAUGAUUUCGCAUGGUGUUGCUGGCUUCUUGAAGGAACGUCUUUUCGAUGCCAGUGACGCGUACCGUCUGCAUGUCUGUGAUAUUUGCGGUCUGACCGCUAUUGCGAACUUGAAAAAGCAGAGUUUCGAGUGUCGUGCCUGCAAGAACAAGACUGCUUGUUCACAGAUUCACAUUCCAUACGCCGCGAAACUACUGUUCCAGGAAUUGCAAAGUAUGAACAUCGCCGCUCGCCUCUACACCACCUCGACAGGCCGGAUACGCGACACAUAAUGUUGAUGGCCUCGCUUUCGUUCGCUUUCACUUGGGAUGUUCUCGCCAACACUCACCGUCGCUGUUCUUGUUGUAUUUUACUCGCUAUAAUUAACAACCCAUUUUUUCACCGAG